AUGGCUUUCAUUAACCGCAUGAUGCGUAAAGUACCAAAGAAGACAGUAUUAGCCAUUGCUGCAGCCACAGCAGGUACAGCUGGUGUCAUCUACAUUACUCAGAAAAAUAGUGUAGAUGCAGCUAGAAGGAACACUUUGUUUCCUGCAUCAUCUAACUACCCUGAUCUGCGCAAACAUAAUAACCAUAUGGCUAAAUGUUUAACACCAGCAAUUUAUGCUAAGUUGUAUGACAAAGCUACUCCCAAUGGUUGGACCUUAGAUCAGUGUAUUCAAACUGGUGUUGAUAACCCAGGACAUCCAUUCAUCAUGACAGUUGGUGCAGUAGCAGGAGAUGAAGAAAGCUAUGAGGUAUUUGCUGAUCUGUUUGAUCCAAUAAUUGAUGAGCGUUUUAAUGGAUAUCCAAAACAUGCUAUCCACCCAACUGACAUGGAUGCUUCUAAAAUCAGGGGUGGAAUGUUUGAUGAGAAAUAUGUGUUGUCAUCAAGAGUACGUACUGGUCGUUGUAUCCGUGGAUUAAGCUUGCCGCCUGCAUGUAAUCGUGCUGAACGUCGGGAAGUAGAAAAAGUUUCUACUGAUGCAUUGAACAGUCUCAGUGGUGAAUUCAAGGGACAAUAUUAUCCACUUGGUAACAUGACUGAGCAGCAACAACAACAACUUAUUGAUGAUCACUUCUUAUUUGAUAAACCAGUAUCUCCAUUAUUGACAUGUGCUGGUAUGGCACGUGAUUGGCCUGAUGGUCGUGGUAUCUGGCAUAAUGACAAGAAGAAUUUCCUGGUUUGGGUCAAUGAAGAAGAUCAUACUCGUAUCAUUUCAAUGGAAAAAAGUGGUAAUAUGAGACGUGUAUUCCAGCGUUUCUGUGAUGGCAUCAACAAGGUUGAACAAGCUAUUCAAGAUAAAGGAUGGGAAUUCAUGUGGAAUGAACAUCUUGGCUAUAUUUUAACCUGUCCAUCUAACUUAGGUACAGGAUUACGUGCAGGUGUUCAUGUUAGAAUACCAAAACUGUCAAAGCACCCUCGUCUUGACGAAAUCUUGGACAAUCUGCGUCUUCAGAAACGAGGUACUGGUGGUGUUGAUACUGCAGCUGAGGGUGAUACCUUUGACAUCUCAAACAUGGAUCGACUUGGCCAGUCUGAGGUUCAACUGGUACAGCGUGUUAUUGACGGAGUUGAUUUGCUGAUUAAAUUGGAAAAACAACUAGAAAAAGGAAAGCGAAUUGACAGCAUGAUACCUAAACCUAUAUCACGGUACUAA